AGGAAGAAUAGCUGAGGCAGGUUCUGCAGCAGCACUGGCUGUGACAGCAGGAGGCAGGCGCGUUAUGUGCGGGAGCAUCGUGAAGCAGCGUGCGGCACACGAACACGAGAGCGGGCCUCGGGAGCGCGCACGGUCGGCGGUGCUGUUGCUGUGAUGCAAUGGCGACUGCGCCGUGGGAAGCGAGCGAGGAGUUGAAUGAGUUCUCUGCACAGUUGAAGAGAAGCAGCCGCCAACAGUUAGGACACCGAGGGGGCUGAGGGACAGACCGCAGGCACGCAGACGCUGGCAGGGCACUGUCCUGCCACGCUACCUGGAAACACACAGCCAGGUGUGUCUGCCAGGCUUGCAGCUAGUCCUGUCAUGACGGUUGGAGAGGUUUCUCACACAUCUGUACGACGUUGCAGCGACACGGGAGACGCACCAACACCCUGUUUGCCCUCUCUAGUCGAAACCCAAGUGAGAAGGCGUUGUUGCUCGUAAAACCUUCAUCUCCGGUGGCAUUGUCCUUCUCACCGGAGACCCAGUGGACCUAUUCGUGCUUCGUACUCGACCACCAUGGCAGAGAGAACCUCGACCGGGCUGCUAACGAUGAUGUUGGAGCCCACGCCGGCCGUCGCUAUGACCCUGCCGGCGGAGGUCCGGGAGAAGCUGGCGGAGCUGGAGCUGGAGCUCUCGGAAGGGGACAUCACUCAGAAGGGCUAUGAGAAGAAAAGAGGAAAGCUGUUGGCACCAUACAUCCCUCAGAUUCAAGGUGUAGAUCCAUCUCUGCAAAUUGACAACAGGAUCCAGGCCUCCUCCCAAGCUAUUCUUCCAGCUUCCAAACCCAACAGGUCCCGGGCUGCCAAUGCACGAGAUGAACGCUUCAGAUCUGAUCUGCACACAAAGGCCGUCCAGGCAGCUUUGGCCAAGUACAAAGAGAGGAAGAUGCCCAUGCCCUCCAAGAGACGAUCUGUACUAGUUCAGUCUUCUGUCGAGGCAUGCACUCCGCCAGACACUUCCUCAGCGUCAGAAGACGAGGGCUCGCUGCGCCGCCAGGGACGCCUGGCCACCUCCACACCCUACCAGGGCCACGGCCACCCAGCUGUUGAGCAUUGGUUUAAUCGUGUCAUCCAAGGUUCGUCCACCUCAUCCUCCGCAUCAUCCACCUCAUCCCACCCCGGAGGGAGAUCUGUCACCACCACCAACACCACUGCCCACACAGCCCUCAACGCCAACGCCUCAGCUACCGCACUGGUCGACCUUAUGGCACACACCCAGCUAGAUAACCACUCAGCACCCCCUGAUGUGACAGGGCUGUCGGAACGCACCUCGUUUCACAUGGAGCGGCCCCAGGUGGCCUCAGUACGAGGUGUUUCUCGUGGCUACAACCAGAUCAGCAUCAUGGAGACCGCAGAUGGUGUUCCAGUCAACAGUCGUGUCUCCUCCAAAAUCCAGCAGCUUCUCAACACUCUGAAGAGACCAAAGCGACCGCCAUUGUGCGAGUUCUUUGUUGAUGACUUUGAGGAGCUUCUGGAUGUCCAGCAACCAGAUCCCAACCAACCAAAGCCAGAAGGCCAACAGAUGAGUCCCUUGGAAGGAGAGCCUCUUGGGGUGGUCACCAACUGGUCUCGAUCCUUGUCAGCAGCCUUACAGCGGUGGGGUACAACUCAGCCCAAGAGUCCCUGUCUGACGGCACUUGACAAUGCUGGCAAGCCGGUCUACACACUCACCUAUGGCAAACUGUGGACCCGCAGUCAGAAACUGGCCUACACUCUUCUUAACAAGCUGAGCAGCAGAAAUGAGCCUUUGCUCCUGCCUGGAGACAGAGUUGCACUUGUGUUCCCGAAUAACGAUCCAGUGAUGUUCAUGGUGGCCUUCUAUGGCUGUCUCCUGGCGGAGCUAGUGCCUGUGCCUAUUGAAGUGCCACUGACCAGAAAGGAUGCAGGGAGUCAACAGAUUGGCUUUUUGUUGGGCAGCUGUGGCGUCACGUUGGCACUGACCACCGAUGCUUGUCAGAAAGGCCUGCCCAAGGCACAAACAGGUUUCGUCCCCGUCUCUACAGGCUGGCCGCGGUUGCUGUGGUUUGUGACAGAUGGAAAACAUGUUGUGAAGCCUCCAAAAGACUGGCAUCCUCCAAUACGGGAAGCCAGUAACGACAUAGCCUACAUAGAGUAUAAAACUAGCAAGGAAGGAAGCACCAUGGGGAUCACAGUGUCCCAUUCAGCCAUGCUGGCUCACUGUCACGCUCUCACACAGGCCUGUGACUACACUGAAGCUGAGGUCAUAACCAACGUCCUGGACUUCAAAAGAGAAGCAGGAUUAUGGCACGGUGUUCUCGCGAGCGUAAUGAAUCGGAUGCAUGUGAUCAGCAUUCCUUACUCCUUGAUGAAAGUCAACCCCCUCUCCUGGAUACAAAAGGUUCACACAUAUAAAGCACGGGUAGCAGUGGUGAAGUCGAGGGACAUGCAUUGGUCUCUACUGGCCCAGAGAGACCAGAGAGACAUCAGCCUGAGCUCACUGCGCAUGCUGAUUGUAGCCGACGGAGCAAAUCCAUGGUCGAUAUCCUCCUGCGAUGCUUUCCUGAACGUGUUCCAGGCACGUGGGCUGCGACCUGAGGUGAUCUGUCCAUGUGCCAGCUCUUCAGAAGCCAUGACUGUCGCCAUCCGGAGACCUCCAGAAAUGAAUGUUCCUCCCCCAGGGAAGGCAGUGCUAUCUAUGGGUGGGUUGAGCCACAGUGUGAUCCGUGUGGACACAGAGGAGAAACUCUCAGUUCUCACAGUGCAGGAUGUGGGACAGGUCAUGCCUGGAGCUGUGGUUUGUGUGGUGCGGGUGGAGGGGACACCUUAUCUCUGUCAGACAGACGAGGUUGGAGAAAUCUGUGUGAGCUCAGGGAGCACUGGUGUAGCUUACUACGGCCUUCCAGGCAUGACCAAGAACAUCUUUGAGACCAUCCCAGUGACAUCAUCUGGGGUUCCCAUCAGUGACAGAUCCUUCAUCAGGACCUCUCUGCUGGGCUUUGUGGGACCGGAGAGCCUUGUGUUUGUCGUGGGGAAGAUGGAUGGGCUGAUGGUGGUCAGUGGGCGGAGACACAACGCUGAUGACGUAGUUGCCACAGCACUGGCAGUGGAGCCUAUGAAAUUUGUUUAUAGGGGGAGGAUAGCAGUGUUUUCUGUGCCUGUGCUUCAUGAUGAGAGGAUCGUUGUUGUGGCAGAGCAGAGGCCGGACGCCUCUGAAGAAGACAGCUUCCAGUGGAUGAGCCGUGUCCUUCAGGCCAUUGACAGCAUCCACCAGGUCGGGGUGUACUGCCUAGCCCUGGUGCCUGCCAACACGCUUCCUAAGGCUCCUCUGGGCGGCAUCCAUAUAUCUGAGACAAAGCAGCGCUUCCUGGAGGGUGCCUUGCACCCCUGCAACGUCCUCAUGUGCCCUCACACAUGUGUCACCAACCUGCCAAAGCCAAGACAAAAACAGCCAGAGGUAGGUCCUGCUUCUAUGAUAGUGGGCAACCUGGUGGCAGGCAAGAGGAUAGCACAGGCCUGUGGCAGAGACGUGGCACAGCUGGAGGACAAUGACCAGUUCCUCUACAUACAGGAUGUGCUACAAUGGAGAGCUCAGGCCACUCCAGAUCAUCCGCUGUUCCUUGUUCUCAAUGCUAAGGGCACAGUGGCCAGCACAGCCUCCUGCCUGCAGCUGCACAAACGGGCAGAGCGGGUGGCUGCAGCCUUGAUGGGAAGACUAAACACUGGCGACCAUGUAGCACUUGUCUACCCACCAGGAAUUGACCUGAUUGCCACCUUCUAUGGUUGCCUGUAUGCUGGCUGUCUGCCGGUCACUGUCAGACCCCCGCAUCCCCAGAACCUGGCCACCACCCUGCCCACCGUCAAGAUGAUUGUUGAGGUCAGUAAGUCGGUGUGUAUCCUGACUACACAAGCAAUAAUGAAGCUGUUGAAAUCCAAAGAGGCUGCUGCUGCAGUGGACAUCAAGAGCUGGCCCAUGGUGUUGGACACAGAUGACCUCCCCAGGAAGAAGAGUCCCCAGAUGUACAAACCCCCGACCCCAGAGAUGUUAGCUUACCUGGACUUCAGUGUGUCCACAACAGGCAUCCUAGCAGGGGUCAAAAUGUCUCACUCUGCCACCAGUGCCUUGUGUCGCUCCAUUAAGCUGCAGUGUGAGCUCUACCCUUCUCGGCAGAUUGCCAUCUGUCUCGACCCCUACUGCGGCCUUGGCUUUGCUCUCUGGUGCCUGUGCAGCGUGUACUCGGGCCACCAGUCCAUCCUGGUUCCUCCUCUGGAGCUAGAGACAAAUGUGUCUCUGUGGCUUGCUGCGGUCAGCCAGUACAAAGUGCGCGUCACCUUCUGCUCGUAUUCGGUCAUGGAGAUGUGCACUAAGGGCCUAGGUUCACAGACAGAAGCGCUGCGGUUACGAAACGUGAACUUGUCUUGUGUGCGUACAUGCAUGGUGGUGGCAGAGGAGAGGCCCCGAAUAACACUCACACAGUCCUUCUCAAAGAUCUUCAAAGACCUGGGCCUCUCCCCACGUGCUGUCAGCACCACCUUUGGCUGCAGGGUGAAUGUGGCCAUCUGUUUGCAGGGCACAGCUGGACCAGACCCCACCACUGUUUAUGUGGACAUGAGAGCUCUACGACAUGAUAGGGUUCGCCUAGUCGAAAGAGGGUCACCACAUAGCUUGCCUCUGAUGGAGUCUGGGAAGAUCCUUCCAGGAGUCAAAGUAAUCAUUGCCAACACAGAGACUAAAGGACCCCUAGGAGACUCCCAUCUAGGAGAGAUCUGGGUGAGCAGUCCUCACAAUGCCACAGGGUACUACACAGUUUAUGGGGAGGAGGCACUCCAUGCUGACCACUUCAACACUAAGCUUAGCUUUGGUGACACCCAGACUGUCUGGGCGAGAACGGGCUACCUGGGCUUCCUGCGGCGCACUGAGCUGACCGAUGCCAGCGGAGAGCGUCAUGAUGCCCUCUAUGUGGUGGGCUCUCUUGAUGAGACUCUGGAGCUGAGGGGAAUGAGGUAUCACCCAACUGACAUCGAAACCUCUGUUAUCCGUUCUCACAAGAGCAUAGCUGAAUGUGCGGUGUUCACUUGGACCAAUCUCCUUGUGGUGGUUGUGGAGCUCGAAGGGUCUGAGCAGGAGGCCCUGGACCUGGUGGCCCUGGUUACAAACGUUGUCCUGGAGGAGCACUACCUCAUUGUGGGGGUGGUGGUGGUGGUCGACCCCGGCGUCAUCCCCAUCAACUCCCGAGGGGAGAAGCAACGCAUGCACCUCAGAGAUGGAUUCCUGGCCGACCAGCUGGAUCCUAUUUAUGUGGCGUACAACAUGUGAGGGCAGGAUGGUUACCCCUGCAUGCAGUUUACUGCGCCACAGGAGACAGAAGAAUGAUAAAUAUGCAGAUUGCAACAGUCGAAGGCUCGGUGUCAGUACGGAUGCUGUGAAAGAAUGCAAGCUGCCCUUUUCCUGCAGCUUUGUAGAGGGGAAAUCUAGCAUGAAAGAAACGCAGAUGCAAAAUUCCAAGAGACAAACCUCAAGUCUGAUUUGCCUCAACAAAUAAUAUUUUAAAGGGCGUUUUGGUUGUUGAGUUUUGUAUGUGUGACAGAACUUAUGACUCCUUAAACCCAGGACACCCCAAUUAAGGUAUAACACUACACUGUGCCAUUAACAUAAUUUGCCAGUCUCCAAAGUUAUGAAUGUUGUUGCCAUACUCUUGUGCCAUAGAACAGGACUGACUGGUUCAAACAAGCUUGACCGUGUUUUAUUUUCAGAGCAUUACUGGUCAGAUGCUUCAUAGAUAAAGUGUCUCUCAUGAGCACUGUCACAAGACCGGUGAGAGCAGCUGUUCAGUGACACCUGUGCCCUGACGUAAACCCAGAUGUUUAUGUUCCUGCUCAGUUCAGAUCAUGUUACUGCACCAACAAAGAAGCACACAGCACGUGGUAUUGAAGGAGAGGCAGUUAGUGCUAUUUGAUGCUCAUUCCAGCAGUAAUGUUUUAGUUUGUAGUGUCAGUAACGAAACACUUAGAAUUAAUGCUGUGGUUUAAACUAAAUUGUGUUUUUUCUAAAUCUAAAAUGUGUAAAAUAGUUUUAUCUGAACAAAAUGCUGUAUGAGUGAUGUGAAAGACUGCUUUGAAUGACUGCAGACAAGAACUACCAAUCAUUUAAAGUCACGAGAUGGUGAGGAAUUUAAUUGUUGCUUAUUAUUAGCAACAUGCCAAAUGAUAUUAAGCCUUAAUUGUUUUUUCAGAUGCCUGUUUCUAUCCCAGCUCCUGUUUAACUUAAUUUUGUGAAGUUUACCAGCUGUUGGAUAGUGAAGGAAUAUGCAGGAGGAGGUUUGGUAUGAUCUAUUGCACCCAGUGUCUUUUUGGCUAAGAUGAACAUACUUGAUCCUUACAUCAGCCAUUACAAACACACUCCAUGAGUAUUUUUAAUGUCUGUCCUGGUUAAUGUCUCAUAGCAAAGUACUUCAAGAAAUUGUAAUGGGUAUGGGUCUGAUGCAGAAUGUCGCGGUCUCAUUUUGAGUUACAUGAGAUUGAAUGAUUGUUAGAAAAUGUUGCAUUGCAUGUACCAUAUGAGACAAGUGGCUAAUGUGCUCCAAACACCUUCAACUCCCAUCUCAUCACAUUGAAUUUCUAAAGAUUCACGUUAUGUUGCUUCUUUUUUUUCUAUGGGUUCCUCCCAAAAGAAACAGGCCUCCAGCCUGCUGUAAAGUAUGUACAGGUUGUAUGUAAAUUAUUAAUAGAUGGGGAAGAUGACAAACAUCACACAAAGACUGGAUCUGGUAUAUACAAGAACUUUGUUUUUCAAAAAACAAAUUAUUUCAAACUGAUUCAUUAGUGAACAUUGGAGAGAGACAUCAAUAGCCUUGUAACAUUUUUACUUUAGGAUGAGGCCAAGCACACUUUGAGCACAAUGAGAAGACAGGUUUGCUCUGGUGACUGCUGAGAUAAUCACGUCCUCCAGAGCAAACUUUAGUCAUUCACAUAUGGAAAGAUCAUUUGUCUAUGUGAUUAGUUGUCAUUAUUUUCAUAACACCUUUUCUUAAUGAAUAAAAAGAAGAAAACCUCUCUAGAAUCUCGGACUGAGUUUUUAUGACUUUUGGUCCAACAGUGAUGUUGAUGAUACUUGUCUAAAUACUACAUGUAGUAGUGCAGGAAGUUAAUUCCAAACUCACUUGUCCUACAGUGUCUGGUGACAUUUUUACUAUCAUGUUUAAAAUCAUGAACAGGAUUUACUGUUUCAUCCUUUACUAAAUGUCAUUUACAAAAGAGAACAGAUAAAAGAACAAACAAAAAUUAGUUAACUAGUGGUAAAAUUAGUUUUGGUUAUAAUUAUCACAUAGUUGUACGGUGACUACAUUGGUUCUCAGACUAAUCAUACAUGUUUACAAUGUCAAGAGAAAAACAACUUAAGGUAUACAGUGAUUAUACUGGUUCUCAGUAAGUAGACAUGUCUGCAACAAUGCACAAAACAAUUAACAUUUUCAAAACACGUUUCAUUCAGAAUUUUCAUAUGUAUAACUCAGGCUUAUGUUUAUCCUUUUAAAUAAUUGUUCUGUCAUAGUGAUGCUUCAACAUAACCAUAUAGCUUAACAGUAUUGUUGACAUAAAAAAAAAAAAA